AGAGCCCGCCCACUGGUCUGCGGACUCGCCGGUCAUUCAUGUUCCUGGGCGGCGGGGUCCGCAGAGCGUUUCCUGCCCUGAUGCAUGGUGGUCGGACGAAGGGAUUGUUGGAAAAUUUGGGAGGUAGACCAUGCUCUUAGCCCAGGUGAAUCGAGACACCCAGAGCAUGGAGUUCCAAAGUGUGGAGGGUGACCCACAGCAGGUUACCCUGUGUCUGACGGAGGCUGUGACAGUUGCAGACAGUGAUCACAUUGAGGGUAUGGACACAGUGAGUCUGCAGGCAGUCACACUGAUGGAUGGCUCUACUGCAUACAUACAACACAGCCCUAAAGUUUCUCUUACUGACAACAAGAUAAUGGAAGGGCAGGUAAUCCAGUUGGAGGAUGGAUCAGCUGCAUAUGUGCAACAUGUCCCAAUGCCUAAAUCAGUUGGAGAGGGACUAAGACUAGAGGAUGGUCAGGCUGUGCAACUUGAGGAUGGAACAACUGCAUACAUUCAUGCACCCAAAGAAACCUAUGAUCAGGGUGGGUUACAGGCGGUCCAGCUGGAGGAUGGCACUACAGCCUAUAUCCAGCAUAUGCCCCAGUCGAGCACAAUCCUGGCCAUUCAGGCAGAUGGAACAGUGGCGGAUCUGCAGACAGAGGGUACCAUCGACCCUGAGACAAUUAGUGUGCUGGAGCAGUACUCUACCAAGAUGGAGGGUACAGAAUGCGGCACUGGGCUGCUCAGUAGAACCGAUGCUGAUGGCAGUGUUCAUAUGCAGAUUGUCUUGCAGGGUCAGGAGAGCAGGUCUCCCAGAGUGCAGCACAUUGGGGAAAAGUCCUUCCGAUGUGAACAUGAAGGCUGCGGAAAACUGUACACCACUGCGCACCAUCUAAAGGUUCAUGAAAGAUCACACACUGGUGAUAAACCUUACAUAUGUGACCAUCUGGGCUGCGGUAAAAAGUUUGCCACAGGGUAUGGCCUAAAAAGUCAUGUCCGAACACACACUGGUGAAAAACCCUAUCGCUGUCAGGAGCUCAACUGCUGUAAAUCUUUUAAGACAUCUGGAGACCUACAGAAACACACAAGAACACACACAGGGGAGAAGCCCUUCAAAUGUCCGUUUGAAGCAUGUGGGAGGUCUUUCACUACUUCAAAUAUUCGAAAGGUCCACAUCCGAACACACACUGGCGAGCGACCGUACUACUGCUCUGAGCCCAACUGUGGAAGGACUUUUGCCAGUGCCACCAACUACAAAAAUCACAUGAGGAUUCACACUGGAGAGAAGCCAUAUGUCUGCACAGUUCCUGGCUGUGAUAAGCGCUUUACUGAAUACUCUAGUCUCUACAAGCAUCAUGUAGUUCACACUCCCUGUAAGCCCUACAACUGCAACCACUGUGGAAAGACCUACAAGCAGAUCUCCACUUUAGCCAUGCACAAACGCACAGCACACAAUGACACUGAGCCCAUUGAGGAGGAGCAGGAGGCCUACUUUGAACCACCCUCAGAGGCCAUUGAUGACCCUACAUUAACAUUUACCCCUAACGUGGAGGAGGAGGACAGUGGGUCAGAACAUAUUUCAUCAGGAUCAGACAUCAUGAGUCAGCAGCACGUAGCACUCAUAUCUCCAGAUGGAACACAGCAGGUUCUUUCCCACGCAGAUGUGCAAGCAAUGAGUGGCACAAUAACCAUGGUAACACAAGAGGGAACAACUAUAACCAUCCCUGCUCAUGAAGCAAUGCUUUCCCCAGGAGAGGCUCACUCUGUCACCAUGGUUUCAGCAGAUGGCACAGAAGGACAAGUGGCCAUUGUGACGCCCGAUUUAUCCGUAUUCCAGACUGAGGAUGGGGAGUUGGUGCAGGAGCAACAGCAGCCUGUGGUAUCCAGCAGCCCACACCCGGUUACUCUGCUGGCUACCUCCAAUGGCACACACAUAGCAGUUCAGCUCAGUGAUCAACCCUCGCUAGAAGAAGCGAUCAGAAUUGCAUCAAGAAUACAGCAAGGAGAGACCCCUGGUCUGGAUGACUAAGCAUGGUCUUCAAUGAAAUACCAUCAUGAACUUGUGUGGGUGAAUGUGCGUGUGAGUGUUGUGAAUAUCAUGUAUCCUAAAAAUGGAAGGUUUGUAAUGUUUAGCAACAUUAUGAUUGCUCUGUUUCAAGAGGACUGAAGAUAUGAAAAUAUUUUUGUGUGAAAUAAUGUAUAUAAUAAUGUUUUGCAACUGGAGUUUUCUGCUGUAAAUAUUUAUUUGAUUCUCCUAUUGAUUACCUGACUUUUUAGGAUCUUAAUAAAUGAAUGAUCUGAGUGUGUUUCACAAGGAGUAAAUGA